AUGGCGGCGAAGCACAGGAGAAACGCCGAGGAUGAGAGAUCUUCCAAGAACAAGAGGAAUAACAAUCCUCAGAAGGAGAUUGGCGCCACCAAACCACCCAAGCAGGAAGGAGAAAAACGACCCUCACUCCUCGUCGUCUUGAUUUGUUCGAUAUGUUGUGGGGUGGUUCACAGCAUCCACGUGUCAACCAUGUUCGAAAACGACAGACAUUUUUCGCACCUUUCCAACCUGGAGCGGGAAAUGACCUUCAGAACAGAAAUGGGUUUGUACUACUCAUACUACAAGACACUGGUGAAUGCGGAUUCUUUUCUGGUGGGGCUCAACCGCCUCAUGCACGACAAUUUGACAGAAUAUCCGGAUACCAUUAACACACUACAGAGGUUCAAUUUAUACCCUGAGGUUAUCCUAGGAGGAACUUACCGCAUAUUUGAUGCAGUAACCUCUUGGCUGGGUAUGGAGAUGCGAGUGUGUUGGCAGGUGAGCCGAGGGGCAGGCCUCUCUCCGGUUGUCAGCUGUGAAGGCCUUGGAGACCCAGCCUACUGGUACCUGGCAGGUGUUUGGGUCAGUGCAGGACUCACCGCCGCUCUACUAUUCCUCCAAGGUGUCGAGCUGAGUGGAUCCCUUUUGGGGGGGUUCCUCACCGUCCUUUGUUUCUUCUUCAACCACGGAGAAGCCACUCGUGUUCAGUGGACACCUCCCUUGAGAGAGAGUUUUGCCUUCCCAUGGAGCAUAGCGCUAAACAUCGGAGUGACACAGGCAGUGCGGGCACCUCGUCCUGUGUGGACGCGACCUCUCUUAUUAGGCACACUUACCUUGGCAUACCUCCUCUGCUGGCAGUUUGCUCAAUUUACAGUGGUAGCAGUAGUGGGAAUAGUUUAUGCCAUGUACACUAUUGGUAUAAUACAUCCUAUUCCAAUGCUGCUUGUGCUACUUGGUACCUCUUAUGGUUUCCUGAAUAAUGUGGUUCUACAGUUCGGUAAUACAUUAUUGGUUGCCUCGCCUCUAGCAGGUUGCCUGCUAGGAGUACUGUUACUAUACCUUUUCCUUGAACCCAUUAUUCAACAUCUGCCUUUUCCAACCAGCAUGGGUGUCCAGCUGUCAUUUUUAUUUGUAUCAUGUGCAGCCUGUAAAAUUGAACUGUCAAGAAUAUUUGGUGUCGAAGAUGAUGCGCACAUCAUUAACAUACUGAAGGCUAAGUUUACAAACUAUUCAGAUUUCCACACACUCUUAUAUACUUGCUCUGCAGAGUUCGACUUCUUACCACAGGAAACUUUGUUUAAACUAAACGAGACGUUGCUCAUUCCAUGCACUGCUCUUGUUGGGGGGGCAGUGUUAAUGAACACCCUGACCAAAAUAAAAAAUAACAUGAUACAGCGAUUAGAAGAAGAGAACACGGAAACCAGAACUCCAUUGUGGUCUGGAGUGGACCCAGGUGUAGUGUACAAUGGUGCAAUAUUGGCUGUGUAUGCAGUCAUGGCUAGUCUGAUUAUGAGGCUCAAGCUAUUUUUCACCCCGCAGCUUUGUGUUGUAGUGUCCCUGUUAGCCUGUAAAAAAUAUUGCUGUAUUAGAAAAAAAAAUUCUCACCUUGCUAUCUUGGCCAUUCUUGUAAGUGGCAUGUGUGUGCGUGGUCUGAAGAACAUCACAGAACAAAGAUCUAUUGUAGGUGAAUACAGCAACCCAGAACUGGAAGAGUUGAUUGAGUGGAUACAGUCAGAAACACAGGAAGAUGCUGUGUUUGCUGGACCCAUGGCUAUCAUGGCUAAUGUACUUCUGUCCACGCGCAGACCAAUUGCAAAUCACCCGCAUUAUGAACAUGCAGGGUUGAGAGAACGGACUAAAAAAGUGUACAGUGUGUAUAGCCGGAGGUCUGCUGAGAUGGUGUAUGAGACGCUGCUCUCCAUGAAAGUGAACUAUGUGGUACUGGAAGAAACGUGGUGUCUUCGCAAGAACCGGCCAGGCUGUGGGAUGGUGGACCUGUGGGAUGUAGAAGAGCCACAGAAUAGGCACAAACCCUCCCUAUGCCCGCGGCUCUUCCACAGGAGUCCUGCCCCAUUCCACCGCGUCUUUGACAACGGCAUGUUUGUGGUCCUGCAGGUGCCCUCAAGAUAUGUGGAAAUCCCCCCGCCACGCUAUCACAAUGUAUAAGAAGAAAAAAAAACUUUUUUUUUUUUCCAUCCCUCGGUCCAAAUUGCGUGCAGGUGCUCAUAGCAUGUAGCAGGCACAGGGUUGCCGUCGAUGUCCCCGUAGUGCAACCCUUUUGAGUAAUGCCAGCCGCAGCCAAGCUUCUUCAGGUUACCCCCUCCCCAUUCCAACUUGUAGAGGAUAUCCCUGACGGAGCUCGUCCCAAACAAAUGUGUGGGUUAUUUGGGUCUGUACCUUGAUUUUUGUUCAGUUUUGUUCUGUUGUUUAGGUUCCAGUGAUAGAGAAUAGGCUUGUUUUCACAUGGAAGAAAGCCAACUCAUUCUGCGUGUGUGUGUGUGUGGUAGGAAACAGGUCUUGUGGUGCUAUUUAAGAAGGUAACAGGAAGUCUAGGCAUUCUUAAGUAUUGUUACUAUUUUAUUAUAAUGAAUUGACAGUUAUACACACUUUGAUUCAAGAAUGGCUUUAUACGGAAGUUAAAGUUAUAUUUUGUAGCUCAAUCCCACUAUCAGGUUUACUUGUGUUAUAUGUAAGACUGUCACGUAGUUCUUUUAUAAUCUUGGUAUAUAUAUCAGCAUCAUUUCUAACCUUAUGCUUCACACUUGAUAAAGUUCCAGAACAUUCCAUAAUGUUGAUUAAGUGUCCUAUUUUAUCUAAUUAUUGUAUACAGCAUUCACACCAAAGCUUUUUCUUUUCUUUUUUGCUGUCUUAUGUAUAUCAUUAGAUUGUUUGCUUAAUUUGAAUACGGAUUUUUAAGAGGAAUAUUACAACAAAGAUAAGUCACAAAAUUGUUUCUUUAGGGAUCUUAGUGACUGGUAAUGACACUUGCAGUCGCCAAGAAAAGUCAGAUUACAACAAAUGAAGUAGAUAUUUAUUUGUUACAGGGCAGUAGACAUGUACAUGAUCUAGUGCCAUAAACAGCUGUCUGUAGAGUUAGUGCUCUUGUAUAGGUUUUUAUCAAGAAAAUAAAAAGAAUCCUGUAUGUUUCUUAUGCAGAAAAGAAAAAUGUAAAUAUUUAUUAAAAAUAUAAACCAGAAAAAAGA